CACCUAUACAUACAGAUCGUUGUAUGCAAUUCGUUCUCUCCAUCUCUCUCACCAUUGCUCUCUGUUUCUCUCUCUAAAUCUCCACAAGUUUUUUAGGCGGAGGUAGUAUCAAUCACCGACUGGCCGUCGUUAUAUCCCGGAGGGAAAAGGCCUUAUAGUUUUAUUUUGUGUAGCUGUAAGAGAGAGGAUGGCGCCGGCAUCCGGCGUUUCUUCAUCUUUAGAUCGCGUCCCAACGAUGAUGCCGGUACAGCCGGGGAUGAUCAUGCCUGGGGCGUUUGCGAAGGACGCAAUUAUUUCGUGGUUCCGGGGGGAGUUUGCGGCAGCGAACGCGAUCAUUGACGCUCUGUGUGGCCACCUCUCUCAAUUAGAGGGCGGAAGAUGUGAGUACGAGACUGUUUUCGCUGCUAUACACCAGCGUAGACUAAAUUGGAUCCCAAUUCUUCAGAUGCAGAAGUAUUUUUCCAUCGCCGACGUUACUGCGGAGCUUCAGAAGGUGAUUGAGGAGAAGACGAGAUUGGGAGGCAUUGAUAAAAUCGAAGAAAUCAAUGUUUCUUCUCCGGUGGAAGAGAAAAACCUCGAGAUUUCGCUUGAGUGCACUGAAAGCAAUGGAAAUGGCGAUGCUGAGGUUAUUGAUGAAGAUUUUAGCAGAGACGAUUCACCAAACAGUGAGAUCACCGAUACAGGAUCUCAAGAGGUUCAUUAUUUAGCAGAAACCAAGGAAGAAAACAAGGAGCUAAUAUGCUCAAAUCAAGAACAACAACAAAAAGAAGACUGGGAGGCUCGGCGUGCUAAGAUCAAGCUGACAAAAGGGUUCGUAGCCAAGGAGUCUGUAAAAGGACAUAUGGUGAAUGUUGUAAGAGGUUUGAAGUUGUAUGAAGACAUACUUAACGACACUGAGCUCUCCAAGUUAAAUGACUAUGUGAACCAACUACGAGUUGCUGGCCAAAACGGACAACUCUCAGGUCAGACGUUUAUCAAGUACAACCAGCAGUCAAAGGCAAUCAAGCGAGAGCUCAUUCAGUUUGGUGCUCCUAUUUUUGGUCAAAUAAAAGAUGACGCCACAACCAAAUCCCAAAAUAGCCACAUGGAGCCAAUUCCCGCCCCUCUUGAAAACAUCAUCGACAAUCUGAUUCAAUGUCAUCUGAUUUCUGAAAACAGACGACCAAACAGUUGCAUCGUUAGCUUUUUUGAUGAGGGUGAAUUUUCACAGCCUUUCUUAAAACCACCUCAUCUAGAACAACCUAUUUCCACUCUUCUUCUUUCCGAAUCAACAAUGGGUUUCGGGCGUACUCUAGUCUGCGACAACGAUGGAAACUAUAAAGGAUCACUCAUGCUCUCCCUAAAGCAAGGAUCCCUGUUAGUGAUGAGGGGAAACAGCGCUGACAUGGCUCGCCACGUCAUGUGUCAAUCUCCAACUAAGCGAAUCAGCGUCACCUUCUUUAAAGUACGAAUCACAGACACCUGUGAGAACACAUCAUCAGCAAUGACAGUGUGGCAACCAAGUGUUCCAAAUCAUGUACCGGCUGGAACACUUGAAGGCUGUGAUCAUAGGACAGGUGUCGUUUCCAAAUGGGGCGUAGGCGUCCUUCGUGCUCCACAACUGCUUAUGUUAGCACCAGUCCGUCCAAUGGUGAUGACCCCGAGAAGGUUACCCCGUGGCGGCACCGGAGUUUUCUUACCGUGGACUGUCGGGUCAAGAAAACCCGCAAAACAUCUACCUCCUCGUGCACAACGAGGUCGUCUUCUUGUAGCUGAAACACAUAGAGCGGACCCCACCUCCGAUUUAGGCAUCAGUGUUGCUUAAUUAAAAUUUAAACCCAUGUUUUUCUAUUAGCAGCACUUAAAAUUUCACAUUAGAAUUGGCAUUAAUUCGUUAUUAAUUAAAUAGACUUUUAUUAGUUUA